AGCAGCUGAUAGACUUUCCCGUGUUCUCUCUCUCUCUCUCUGUGUUUGGACUUUUGACCGCAGAUAGAAAAAACGUCGGGCAGAGUGAGUUUAUGAAAGCGAGAAGGGACUGAAUGAAAAUGACUUGGGACACCGACUAGCAAAGAAACUGAGGUGUUUCUCGAAGCUCUUUCACUUGGAGGAUCUAGAAUAAACUGGUGUGUUCGUGUGUAAAGCCAUGGAUCCACCGCUAACUGGCGACUCGUCCGCCCCAAAACUCGGCCCCUCGACUCCCGCCACCCUCAGGGCCGGCCCCUCCUCAUCCAGCUCUUCUGCUAACACUGCCACACCAACCUCAGACCGGCCGAGGCCUAAACUCACCAUGCCAACGCCUCCAGCCACACCCUCUCCUCCCUCCGCUGCCUCCCCUCGGACGUCUCCAGGUCUUUCUUCCCGCUCCACGUCCUUGUCCACACCGCCAGCCUCACCUCUUCGCCAGCCCAUCAGGAGCCUCUCUCAGGUGGGCAGAUCUCAGCUCAACGCAGCCUCUACAGUGAAUCCCCGACCAGGAUCCUCAGCUGCUGCCCCGGCUCCUCAGCCUCCUCCCACACCUGAACCAGAGGAGCCAGAGGAGGAGGUGACUUUUGAAGAUCUGGAGCAAAGAGCAAAGUCAGGAGAUGCUAAAGCACAGACCAAGAUGGGGCGUUACUUCCUGGUGCUUGCAGAAGAAAGAGAUGAGGAACUGAACAACUGCACAGCGGUCACCUGGCUGAUCCAGGCGGCCAAACAAGGCCGCAGGGACGCCGUCAAACUGCUGCAGCAGUGCUUAGCCUCCAGAAAAGGCAUCACCUUGGAGAACUUUGAGGAGGUGAAGAAGUUGUGCACAGAGACACGCUUCGAGAGAGGAGUGAGGAAAGCGGCACUGCUUAUGUACUGGAAGUUGAAUCCAGAGAGGAAGAAGUCUGUAGCCAUUUCGGAGAUGCUAGAGAACGUUGAACACGUCCACACAGAGCCAGGACACCCAGUCUCCCCUGGUCCUCUGAACAGCUCUGCCAAGAAACAAAGGAGAGUCCUGGAGACAAUGGUGACCAGCGAGGCCAAUUCCCAUGUUGGUCUUGACGAUUUUGUUGAGAUGACUAAGAAGUAUGCUCAGGGCAUUACAUCGUCACCAGUAAUGGAUGCCGCAGGAGGCGACGAUGAUGAUGACGACGAUGUCGAUGGUGUAGUGGUGAAGAGUCCCGAUGAGUUGCCCCUGCACCAAAAGCUGCUGAAGUUCCCUCUGCACGCUCUGCUGGAGAUCAAGGAGCACCUCAUCGACUGGGCGUCCCGGGCUGGAAUGCAGUGGCUCAGCGCGCUGAUCCCCACCCACCAUGUCAACGCACUCAUCUUCUUCUUUGUCAUCUCCAACCUCACGAUCGAGUUCUUCAUCUUCCUCAUCCCUCUGUUGGUGUUCUUCCUCGCGUUCUUCUCCCUGGUCAUCUGCACACUGCGGGUAUUUCAGAAUUCAAAAGCUUGGGAAAACUUCCGGGCUCUGACAGACCUGCUGGCUCACUUUGAACCUGGUCUUGAUCUGGAGCAGGCCGAGACCAACUUUGGAUGGACACACUUGGAGCCUUAUUUGUACUUCCUGCUCUCUGUGGUCUUUGUGGUUUUCUCCUUCCCGGUUGCUGAUAAGUCCUGGAUCCCCUGCUCAGAGUUGGCUGCCGUCGCUCUCUUCUUCACUGUCACUGCAUUCCUCAGCCUCCAUGCCUCUGCUCAGCUUUUUGCUCGAAAAGCCCUCCUCACAGAAGUCCUCUCUGGUGCCUGCUCCCUCACUCCCCUCCUGCCAGAGUCCCUCUGGUUCCUCAGGGUCUUCGGGGUGACGGUCUUCACCGUGCCGCUAAUGGACAAUGUGGUGUUAAACCUGGGGAUGCCGUGUCUGCUCUAUGGACAUCUUUUCUACCUCCUCUUCCGUAUGGCCCAGCUGAGAGGCUUCAAGGGCACCUACCUGUGCCUGGUGCCCUAUCUGGUGUGCUUCACCUGGUGCGAGCUCUGCUUGGUGUUCCUCAACAAUGCCACUGCGAUAGGACUCAUCCGCACCUGUGUGGGCUACUUCCUCUUCCUGUUCGCUCUUCCCGUGCUCUCACUGGGCCUGGCCGCAAUGCUCAUCAUCCAGCUACUGCAGUGGUUCCUCGCCCUGGAGCUCACCAAGAUGGUGGUCACACUGACGGUUUGCUUUGUGCCGGUCGUGUUGAGGCUUUGGACCCGCUUCAGCCUAAACCCCAUUGUGGUUUUUCGCUCUUUGUCACGGAGCAGCAUCGUCAAGCUCAUCCUGGUGUGGCUCACUGCAGUGGUGCUCUUCUGCUGGAUGUACGUCUACAGGUCUGAAGGCAUGAAGGUGUAUAACUCCACCCUGACGUGGCCGGAGUACAGCAACCUCUGCGGCCCUCAGGCCUGGAAGGGGUCAAACAUGGCCCAAACGCAGAUUCUAUGCUCUCAUCUGGAGGGACAUCGUGUCACCUGGACCGGACGCUUCAAAUACGUCCGUGUGACAGACAUUGAGAAUGGUCCGCAGUCAGUUAUCAACCUCCUGCCAGUGUUUGUGGGGAACUGGAUGCGGUGCCUGUAUGGUCAGCCGUAUCCUUUGUGUGAGGGGGUUAAAAACGCCACCGAUGAGCUCCAGCCUCAGCCUGCCCGGGCUCCUCCUCCCGAAGACCCCCUCUGUAAACUUAAAAAACUGGCCAAGAACGAAUGCCACGUCAAACGCUUUGACCGAUACAAAUUCGAAGUCACAAUGGGCAUGCCGCUGGAGAGGAAGACCAGGAACGGGACGAUCAUAGAGGACGAAGACGCGACGAAGGACAUAGUUCUACGGGCCAGCAAUGAGUUUAAGUCUGUGCUUUUACACUUGAACACAGGAAGCCUGGUGGAGUUCAGCACCAUACUGGAGGGGCGUCUCGGCUCCAAAUGGCCCGUGUUUGAACUGAAAGCCAUCGACUGCAUGUCGUGCGGCGGCUCCAGCGUGCCCAGCCGCAGGCAACACAAGAUCGAGCACGACUGGAGGCGCACGACGCAGAAUGCCCUGCAGUUUGGUUUUGACUUCUUCUUCAACCCCUUCCUGACGGCUAAGCUGGAGCCUCGCUCGGAAACAGAGACUGACUCAGAGACUGUGACAGAGGAGACGGGAUAGAGGGGGGGAAACCUCUGGCAGACGCACCUUAGGUACAAAUGUUAAAUUGAUACAAUGAGAUGUGAUAAAAUGUGUGUAAUGAAAACACUUCCUGCGGUGGAAGAACAUUAAUGAUCGUACACCUCCGUUCUCGACACAAUCUUAUUGCAAUUUUGCAGGAGAGUUACUGUAGUCGAGUGGACCGUUUGUGUUUGCGUUCUUAUAGCUUUGAAGCCAAAAUGUGUGUGAGUACAUAAUAUAAUAAGAAUGUAAUUGACAAAGGGGAGAAACAAGCUAAUGAGCUUUUUAAGUAAUUCACUUAGUAAAAACACUAAAGUAGGGAGACCAUGAUCCAGACCUCUUCAGGUGGAGUCGGUCGAGCAUUUCUUUCAACGUUUCAUCCCAUUUAUGCUGCACUUUUGAUGUUCUCUAUUUUAUUUUAUUUUAUUCAAUAUCGUGACAUUUUGUGGCCAAAAUCAUCAGUAGACAUUUCACAGUUCCCUCGUUAUUCUGUGGUGUCAUUUCCUCCUGGUGUCUGUGACAUGUCCAGUUUGUAAUUUGGAAGUUGUCUGUACUGGAAAUUGCCUGAUGAGAUGGUCUCAGUUCAAUAAUAUUUUGGGAGAGAACUUUAAGCCUUAAACCUUUUUAAAGGUUCAACUGUGCUUGUAUUUAUUACAGAGCAGUUUUCCAUGUUUGUUUCGGCCCUCAUGUGUCUCACUGUUUUAUUUCUCCUCCUUUGUUUGUCCCCAUCUCUGCUGUGCGGUGAUGAUGUGUUUGAAAACAGGAUGUCACUACUGUUUUCUAUUCUGUGACUCAUAAAUAUGAUGGAAAACA